GCUGAUUUUUGUUUUGCGGCUACGUAGCCAGAACCGCAAAUCGCACUCGUUAAUUCCGCGAGCGAUGUGGACUUGACAAUGCUCGUAAUUUAAUUAGGGACACAUGGAUUGAUUGGAACAAAUCUCUUAAAAUAUGCAAAAAGUUUGUAAAGCCCUGCAGAUCAUCGGUAUUCUGUGUAUCCUACUCAGCCUCGCCAAACAGCUCGUUGGGCAGAAGCAUUAUUCACGCUCGCGAAAAUUGGAGCUGCGGGAGGAUGUGCGCCGCAUGUUCCAGCAUGCCUACGACGGCUAUCUCAAGUACGCCGGCAACUAUGAUGAGCUGCGUCCGCUCACCUGCGAUGGCCACGAUACGUGGGGCAGCUAUUCGCUGACCCUGAUUGAUGCCCUGGACACGCUGGCCACCAUGGGCAACUUCACGGAGUUUCGUCGCGUCCAUGCGCUGAUCGAGAAGAUGAACUUCAACAAGGACAUCAACGUGUCGGUGUUCGAGACGAACAUCCGCAUUGUUGGCGGCUUGCUGUCAGCGCAUCUUCUGUCGCGUCGCGCCGGCAUUGAUGUCGAGCCGGGCUGGCCCUGCGCCGGGCCACUGCUGCGCAUGGCCGAGGAUGUGGCGCGGCGUCUGUUGCCAGCCUUCGACACGAACACGGGCAUGCCGUACGGCACGGUCAAUCUGCGGUACGGCGUGCCCAAUGGCGAGACCUCCGUCACUUGUACGGCGGGCGUGGGCACCUUUCUGGUGGAGUUCGGCACUCUGAGCCGGCUCACGGGCAAGAGCAUCUACGAGGAGGUGGCACUCCAAGCGAUCUAUGCGCUCUGGGAGCGACGCUCGUCCAUUGGACUCUUUGGCAAUCACAUCGAUGUGCAGAGCGGACGUUGGACGGCUCUGGACUCGGGCAUCGGCGCCGGCGUCGAUUCCCUAUUCGAGUAUCUGGUCAAGGGGGCCAUCCUGCUGAAUCGCCCCGAGCUGCUGGAGCUGUUCGCCGAGGCGCGGACGCCCAUUGACAAGUACAUGCGGAAGGACGAUUGGUAUGUGUGGGUGGGCAUGAACAAGGGCCAGGUGACGCUGCCCGUCUUCCAAUCGCUCGAGUCCUUCUGGCCGGGCGUACUGAGCAUCGUGGGCGACACAGAGUCCGCCAUGCGCACGAUGAUGCGCUACAUUAGCGUGUGGAAGAAGUACGGCUUCCUCCCCGAAUUCUUUAACAUUCCAGCCGGCGAAGCGGCGCCCAAUCGCGAGGUCUAUCCCCUGCGGCCCGAGCUCAUCGAGUCGGCCAUGUACCUCUACCGGGCCACCAAGAACCAGUAUCUGCUCGAGCUGGGCGAGCACAUGCUGGAGACGAUCGAGUUCAGUGCGAAGACCAAGUGCGGCUAUGCGACGAUACGCAAUGUGGUCACCCACGAGAAGGAGAAUCGCAUGGAGUCCUUCUUCCUGGCCGAGACCACCAAGUAUCUGUAUCUGCUGUUCGACGAGGACAACUUCCUGCACAAUGCCGGCGACGAUGCCCACGGCGAGCUGCUGGACACGGAGCAGAAUGUGUGCGUGGUGCAGGCGGGCGCCUAUAUCUUCAAUACGGAGGCCCAUCCCAUGGACAUGUCGGCGCUGCACUGCUGUCACAAUGCCAAGGACGACAUAUUCACAAUGCUCGAUCUGUCCGCGUUCACGCCGCGUGCCCUCGCCGAGCGCAGCAGCAAACAGCGCCUGGCCGCGCAGGAGAAAUGGAAGCCGCAGUGCCAGUCGUCCAGACCGGGCGGCGGGGCGGCGAGCAAGGCACCACCUGGCCCCAGCACUAGCAGCAGCAGCAGCAGCACCGCCCCCAAUGCCCCAACCAUGGCCGUGGACAUCGAGGUGUUCGAUGAGUUCCAGCAGCCGGCGGCGGAUGUGCUGGUCAGCAAUUUCGAGCGGAUACGUGAGGAGCGCGAACUCAAUCGGACGGAUCAGAGCAGCACCAUCGAACGCAAUCAGUUGACCGUCACGGAUCUGGACGACUUCUUUGGGCAGCGGCGCGAGCACUUCGCCACAGCGCAGGAGGCGCUCAACUAUGUCUCCAGCUUCAUGAGCAACUUCACCAUGGAUGUGGCCUUUAUACGGGGUCUGCAGCUCUUCGACGGCAACAUCAGCAGCGUCCUGGGCAUUGCCGCCCAGAAGGAGUACGAGAGCCAGAUGCGCUCGCUCUGGCAGCUCUUCGAGCUGGAGCAACAGUUUGCAGCGAAUGUGCGACUGAUUCGCCGCCUGGGCCUGCUCAAGGUCGAGCCGGAGAGCGAGAUGAUGCGCAACUACCUGGCCAACAUACUGGACACGCUCGAUCACUUCGAGCAGCUGCAACAGGAGGAGCAGCUCGCCGCAAUCAACGGCAGCGACGUGGAGCAGAUCCGCAAUGCCAUUGAGGCGUCGCGUCUGGACUAUGAACUGGCCAUGCUGAAUACGACGGCCAUGCAGCAGUUCAUGCAUCGCGUCUAUCUGGCGGGCACCAACGAGGCGCAGCUGCAGCAGUUCCACCCGCUGCUCAGCGACGAGGAGCUGCGCACGCUGCACGUUGCCAUCAAGGAGCAGCAGCAGCAGCAGCAGCCUGCGCCGGUUGGAGCCGUGGAGCAGAGGAAGCCGGAGCUACAGGAGCUGUUCAUGUAUACGCGACGCAUUGUGGACUUCCGGAAGCGAAUGUCCGAGACGGUGGAUCGGCUGCAGACGAUUAUGCAGGAUCUGAAGACGGUCAAGACGGAGCCAACGACGCCGCGGCCAGUGCCAAUGCCGCCCAUAGAAAAGACUGCCACACCCACCGAUGCAGCAACAGCAGACCUCGCAGAGAAGCAGCAGGAGAAGCAACAGCAGGAACAGCAACAGCAGCAGCAGCAACAGGAGCCCCCGUCCGAUGAUGAGGGCUCCGUGUGGUCGCAACUGGUCCAGAAUAUCCUACGGAAAACGACCGUGAAACGCAUCAAAUUCGAUGAGGCCGUGCUUCUGGAGAAGACGCGCAAAUCUCUCGAGAAGCACGCCCACAAGCAGCUGUCCUACGAGCUCUUCAGCUGUCGCCGGCCGGAAUAUAUCGAGGCGUUUGCCUACCGUGAAUUCUAUCCGGAUGCGAUCUGAUCUGAUCUGUUGACUGAUCCUGUAGAUAAUUAGCCAUUAUACAUAAGUCCAAAUAUGUAUAUAUAUGUACAUAUAUAGAGUCAGAUAUAUAUACAUAUAUACGGUUAAGUGCAUAUUCAGCUGUUGUCUGGAAUUAGUUAAAGCUCUUAUAUAAUUUAUUAAUAGUUCUGUAGACGUCAGCCUAGUUCCAUUCCUUCCUCCCACCCAUUCGUUGCUUCGGCCGGGCUUGUUUACUCGGGCCGUAAUUAAUUCUGAUUGACUGUUGACUUUAUUUCCGAUUAAAUCGGUGUAUUUAAUGUCUUCGAUUAAGCCCAAGGGAUUGCACAAUCCUCUGGGGCAGCGGCCCGGCGCCUGGCUCCCGUUGCGGGCGUCCGCUUUCGAUUCCUUCAAGCGUCAGGUUUCCUUCUGCCUUCCAGCUCGGCUGAGGCGACGGCACGCAACGCCAUUUACAAUACCCUGCACAUAAUGCAAAUGGGGUAUGUGCAGGCUAUACACUAAAUAAACAUUUAUAGUUAAAUAACAUCGGGUUGAAUUUGAAUUAGUUCCUUA